AUGCCUACCCAACACGGCAGCCUACCUAGUCGGCAAGCAAGUCAAACCACCGGUCGUAAAAGCCGCGCCCUACACACCACCAGAAGCGCACGAUACCCUUUUGUACUGGGCGGCGACCUGGCUGGUGAAAUUGUCGAGGUCGGGAAAGGGGUUACGCGCUUCCGAAUUGGUGACAGAGUGCUGGGUCACGCUCUGGGGAUGGACGGGGAGCGAAAUCGAUCAAGCGAGGGUGCUUUUCAGCAAUACACGGUUAUCAGAGACAAUAUGGCAGCUUCGAUCCCCGAAUCUCUUUCUUAUGAGAACGCUUGUGUCUUGCCAUUGACUUUAUCUACUGCCGCUACGGGCUUAUUCCAGAAAGACUGUCUCGCAUUGAAGUAUCCUUCCGUACCUCCAAAGCCCAAUGGGGAAGCGCUGCUCGUUUGGGCACGUUCAUCAAGUGUGGGGAGCAAUGCUAUUCAACUCGCGACAGCUGCAGGCUAUGAGGUAUUCACCACUGCUUCUCCCAAGAAUUUCGCGUACGUCGAGAGACUCGGUGCAAGUCAAGUCUUCGAUUAUCGUAGCCCAACCAUCAUCCGAGAUAUUAUCCUCGCGCUCAAAGACAAAACGCUUGCAGGCGUCCUCGCUAUCGGUAACAGCGGAGCUGAAUCCUGUAUCGCUGUCCUCGAGAAAUGCAAAGGCAGAAAGUUUGUUGCUAUGGCGAGUUUCCCUUGGCCGGAAACCCUUCCGGAAGGCUCCGGUCAGACCUUGGCUAUCAUUUCUUUGAUGUUCUCGGUUGUCCGGUGGCAAAUAUUGAUGUGGCUCAAAUCAAAGAUCAAGGGCAUUCCCACCAAAUUCUUCAUUGGGGAGACGCUUCAAAACAACGAGGUCAGUCAUGUGGUGUAUGAGAACUUCUUACCCCAAGCUUUGACGGAAGGGACGUAUGUUACGGCGCCGGAACCCUUCGUCGUUGGCCAUGGUCUUGAGUAUAUUCAGGAGGCAUUUGAUGUCCAGAAGAAAGGCGUGUCGGCGAAGAAGGUAGUUGUGACUUUGUGA